UUUUACUUUUACAACACCAAGAGAAAAACAAAACACUACCUGUUCUUACCACUGCAGUAUAGAAUUAGAAGAGGCAAAUAUCCAGAACAAGAGUUCAUUUUCCUCUUUGGAUAGAAAUUUUGCAGAACCAUCAAGUAAAUAAUAUCUUUUAGAACUCUGAAGUUCCUGAAGACAAUUUCAACGAAAAGUCAUGCAAGAUCAAAAGCUACCUUGUGUUUUGAUAAGGGAUUUUGAAGGACCCUAUGGUGUGAAUGAAGAUCAUGUAGAAGAUCUUAAGAAACAUUUUAAUCUUAUCACCAUGCAAGAAUUUCUUGAAAACAAAACACAUCUCAGUCAAAAGAUACAAGCAAUAUAUAUAUGGGGAGGGAAACCACAUAUUGACCAGGAGCUCCUGCAGAGCUUACCUACCUUGAAGAUUAUUGUAAAUCCAGGAGCAGGCCUGGAUCAUCUGGACCUGAACAUGAUUGCCAGCUUUGGUGUGAAAUUGGCCAACACUCCACAUGCUGUUACUAACAGCACUGCAGAUAUGGGAAUGGCCCUACUUCUGGCAUCAGCCCGGAGAAUAUUAGAAGGGAAUGAGGUAGCUACUUCACCAGACACAAAGCACUUUUCUUUUAACUGCAUGGGAGAAGAAGUGACUGGAUCUACUCUGGGAAUCAUAGGUAUGGGCAAUAUUGGCUAUAAGAUUGCUCAGCGAGCCAAAGGAUUUGAAAUGAAGAUUCUGUAUCACAAUAGGAACCGCAGGAAGGUGGAAGAGGAACAGGCAGUUGGAGCCCAUUACUGUGCACAGUUGGAUGAGCUGCUGCAGCAAUCAGACUUUGUAAUGCUGGCCGUCAGUCUGACACCCCAGACUCAUAAGUUGAUUGGAAAGAGGGAACUAGGACUAAUGAAACCCACCGCUUCUCUUGUUAACAUUGGCCGAGGUCAACUGGUUGAUCAAGAUGCCCUAGUUGAAGCUCUUCAAACCAGGAUUAUUAAAGCUGCAGGACUAGAUGUGACUUACCCUGAACCCCUGCCAAGAUCUCAUCCUUUAUUAAAGUUGAAAAAUGUAAUUUUAACACCUCAUCUGGGAGGCGUGACUCAUCAAUGUCUACAUCUCAUUAAGGAAAAUAUGGUUGAAAGUAUUCUGGCUGCUGUCAAUGGCCUUCCUAUUCCUAAUGAAGUACAUCUAAAAUGAUUUGUUUGGAUGGAAAGACCAUAAUGAUGAAAACAUGACAGAAUAAAUGACAGAGACUUAUGUUGACUUUGA